AUGUUUAGAUUUAGAACUAUUCCACGUACUGUUGGUCAAGUUUCAUUUGUCAGAUUUAACUCCACCAAGGCAUAUGAUGAGGCUCUUGCCAUUUUUAAGACUGAUCUUAAGAAGGCUAUGAUUGCCAAAGAUGUUCUUAAGAAGGACACUAUAAGGAGUAUCAUGUCUACCAUUAAGAAUGAAGAAAUUAAUGGAUUACAAAAAACUGAAUUUGAACUUUAUCGUGUUUUCAAUAAGAUGGUUAAACAAAGAAAGGACUCCAUUGCUGAAUAUCAAAAAUUAAAUAGAUCAGAUUUGGCCGAAAAGGAACAACUUGAAACUUCUGUUAUCGAAGAAUAUCUUCAUAAGUUGCCUGUUGCAUCUGCCGAAGAAGUUGAAAAAAAAGUGGAAGAGUGGUUAAAGGAAAAGCUUCAAAAUGAGGUUCCACCAAUUGGGAAAAUCAUGGGUGCAGUCCUGGAAGAACUUGCCAGUAGUUGGAAUUCUUCUCCUAAGAUUAUCAAGGCACUUAUUCCUAAGUUCUACAAGACUUUGAGUCAAAAAUAA